CUUUACUUUUUCUUACGCAUAUUCUUUACUCUUAUUUUGGUGUCAAAAAUUUUGUAAUAUUAUCAUAAUAUUUUACUUUUAGUAAUAUUCAUAGUUUAUAAUGGUCAUUAGUGACCAGUAUUAUUCAGUGGCAAUUGAAGGAGGCCAAGAGACAUUUACCAUUGACAAAAAGUACAGAAUAAUUAGAAAAGUAGGGUCUGGCUCAUACGGAACUGUCUGCAGUGCAAUUCAUGUGGAAACAAAUGAAGUUGUUGCUAUCAAAAAGUGUCUUCGGAUCUUUGACCGAAAACUUGUCACUAAGCGAUGUUUACGUGAGAUUAAGCUUUUACAGCACUUGAAUGGCCAUCCUCGCAUCAUUGGACUCCGAGCCCUCGACAUUGUUGACUACUCGAAUUUCAAUGAGAUUUACCUUUUGCAGGAAUGCUGCGAUACCACAAUGGCCGACGUCAUUCACUCGAAGCUCGGACUCGAGCCUGUCCACUACCAGUGGUUUAUCUACCAGAUUUUAUCGGCCCUGAAAUAUAUUCACAGUGCUCAUGUCCUUCACCGAGACCUUAAGCCUGCCAAUAUUCUUGUGAACCAGAACUGUGAUAUUCGGAUUUGUGAUUUUGGUAUGGCAAGAGGUAUUGUUCAGCCAUCUUCUUUGCAUGAAACACCUUCAAUGACCCACUACGUUGUCACUCGUUGGUACCGUGCUCCUGAAAUUAUGAUGAGCCGUAACAGUUACGAUAAAGCCAUCGAUAUGUGGUCUGUUGGUUGUAUUUUUGCAGAACUUUUAGGACGCAAAGUACUGUUCAAAGGUAAUGAUUAUGUGGACCAACUCCACAAGAUUGUUGGUAUUCUCGGUCUUCCCGAAGACACUUCCUUCUGGGAUCAGAAUGCUUCAAAAUCUGUAGUCGACUAUAUCAAGAAUCUUCGCGACGUCAAUGGAGAACCACCACCCACAGAACCCAUAGACUUUGCUGCUCAUUUUCCGGAAUGUCCGCCGGAAGGUAUUGAUCUCCUCCAGCGUUUGCUUCACCUGGAUCCCAAGCGCCGUAUAAAUGCCAAUGAGGCGCUUGAACACCCAUAUGUGGCUUUGGUGCGUGAUCCACCCGAAGAAGUAGAGUGCAAUUUGAUGUUUGAUUUUGAGAGUUUCGAACGUAUUCAAGAUGAAGAUACUCUAAGACAGUGUAUAAUCGAUGCUGUUAAGAGCACAAAGCCUGAGAACACCCCCAGUAACCGCACGGAGUCCCGGACUAACUCCCUGCAGCCACCUUCUGAGCCACACUUCCAGCCACAACGCCGAUAUACAGGCAGUUCUAUUUCAACUCCUACCACGGCUUCGGCCACCGAGGCGCAUUUGAAUGCCAUUGCAGCUGUACAACAGGGAAAAGAUUUUCCCAUUCAAGAAUCUGAUAAUUGUGCCGAAGGAAUGUUGGUUGGCUCAAAUCAGUUUGUAGGCGAGCCUGAAGACAUGGAUGAAGAUGAUAUAAAACUUAUGGACAGUGAUGAUAGCCUACGUGUCGAUAGUUGCCGUCAUCUUGUUGGUCCUUAUGGAGCUGAUGUUCAAGCAAUAGAACGACAACUUAGUUAUGAUUGGUAAAAAAAGAAAGGAUUAGUAAAUCCCACCUCUUUUUUUUUAGUAAAUGAUUAUAUCGCUAUCUUUAUAUCGGUUUGCAUUAUUUGACAAUAUAGCUGUGAAGGAAGG